AUGAGUCCCUUUCGGAUUGUCUAUGGGAAGGCAUGCCACCUCCCGGUUGAAAUUGAACCUAGGGCCUAUUGGGUGGUUAAGCAAUGCAAUAUGGAUUUCACCAAGGCAGGGAUAGCGAGGAAACUACAAUUAGAAGAACUCAAAUGCCUUAGGUUAGAGGCCAAUGAGAAUGCAAGGAUUUAUAAGGAGCAAACUAAGGUAUUCCAUGAUCACCAUAUCCGCAAGAAAGAUUUUCAAGAGGGUGAUGAAGUUAUUCUGUACAACUCAAGACUCAGAUUCAUGCUCGAAAAGCUCCGGUCAAGGUGGGAUGGUCCGUUUAAAGUGAAGGAAGUGAAGCCCUAUGGUGUGGUCGAGCUAUUCCACCCUCAAAGUGGUGCAACAUUCAAAGUGAACGGCCACAGGGUAAAGAAGUACCAUGGUUAUAAGUCACCGAAGGAGUUGCAGGUGUUCCUACUUAAGGAUGCACCCAGAAGAGGAGAAUCUUAA